GCCGCGCCGCCCCGGGCCAUCACAAUCCAACUCGCGCAGUGCGACCGAGACCGUCUCCGCUCCUCCACCGGCAGCACGGCCAACAGCUUGUGCUUCUUCGUGCUGGACCCAGACCGCAAGCCGUCGAUUUCCGUCAUGGCCUCCCCACACUCGACACCUUACUCAGCGCUGGACGCGCUCGAGACGGGCGGCAAGCCCGAGCCUACCUACCAGCACCUCACCAACCCGUGCGUGCUCAGCUGGAACAACCUCAGCUACUCUGUGGCCUGCCGCAAGACGGCCGACGCGCCCGACGGCAAGAAGACCAUCCUGGACCAUGUCAGCGGCCGCUGCGCGCCCGGUGAGCUCACGGCCAUCAUGGGCCCGUCCGGCUCCGGUAAGACCACGCUCGUCGACCUGCUGGCCGACCGCAUCAGCUCCGGAGACGUCACGGGCGACAUCGAGCUCAACGGCGAGGCCCGCGUGACCAAGACGUUCCGCGCCGUGACGAGCUACGUGGCCCAGGAGGACUCGCUGCUCGGGUCCUUCACGGUGCUGGAGACCAUGCGCAUGGCCGCCAAGCUCAGCCUGCCCAACAGCGUCACGUCCAAGCAGAUCGAGGCCCGCGUGGACGACGUGGUGGAGGCCAUGGGUCUGGCCACGUGCCGCCACACGUUGGUGGGCGACAUCUUCCGCAAGGGGCUGUCGGGCGGCCAGAAGCGCCGUCUUAGCAUCGCCGUCGAGCUGCUGUCGAACCCGAGCAUCCUCAUCCUGGACGAGCCCACGAGUGGCCUGGACUCGAGCGCCACGCACAACGUCAUGAAGUUCAUCGUGAAGCUCUGCGCCGAGGGCAAGACCAUCGUGUGCACGAUCCACCAGCCGUCGUCGCUGGUCUACGACAUGUUCACGAAUGUGAUCGUGCUCUCGGCCGGCCAAACGGUGUACUGCGGGCCUCGGGUCAAGAUGAUCCCGCACUUCGCCUCGACCGGCCACGACUGUCCGCAGUACAUGAACCCGGCCGAGUACUUCAUCAGCUUGGUCAACACGGACUUCGAGGACCACGCGGACGUGCCCAAGCUGGUGCAGUCGUACGCGCAGAGCGAGACCCGCAAGGAGCUGGCCGCCAAAAUCGAGGGCGACCGCAAGACGCUGCAGCACCUGCCCGACAUCGAGCAGCCGUCGCCGUCGUCGCUGCGCCAGUUCGGCGUGCUCAUGUACCGCAACACGCUCAACAACAUCCGCAACCCGGGUAUCUACUGGAUCCGGCUGUUCAUGUACUUCUGCCUCAGCUUCAUGGUCGGCACCAUGUACCUGAGCACGAACGACGACCUGACGGACGCGGACCUGGUGCCGCUGCUGUUCUACGUGCAGGCGUUCCUGGUGUUCAUGUCGGUGGCCGUGCUGCCCUUCUUCAUCGAGCAGCGCGCCGUGUUCGCCCGCGAGCGCGCCAACAGCUCGCUGAGCGUCGUGAGCUACGUGUGCGCCAACUUUUUGGCCACGCUGCCGGGCAUCUUCCUCAUCGCGGUCAUGUCGACGGCGCUGGUGGUGCUGCUGGCGGGGCUCAACGCGUUCGAGUACUUCUUGCUCAACCUAUUCCUGUCGCUCGUGGUGGCCGAGUCCAUGAUGCACGUGAUCGGCGCCGCGGUGCCGCACUACAUCAUCGGCAUCGCGCUGGGCGCGGGCGUGUUCGGCAUGUUCAUGCUGUGCGAGGGCUUCAUGGUGCCGCGCGACUCGAUCCCGGACUACUGGAUCUGGGGCUACUACCUGGCGUUCCACUCGUACUCGUUCGAGUCGUUCGUGUUCAAGCAGUUCGAGAACGAGACGUCGGAGGAGGCCAAGGGGAUUCUGACCAAGUACGGCAUGGAGAACGUGGACGUCACGCGCGACAUGCUGCUGCUGAUCGUGUAUGUUGUGGCUUUCCAGGCCAUCUUCGCCUUCAUCCUGUGGAAGUUCCACACGGGCCGCCGUUAA